UGGAGCUGCAGUGCAUUGUGGGUCUGGGAACCCUGGGUUCCUGCUGCUGUGGCUGUUGGAGCGUCAUGGCUUGUGGUCGCCUGGCUUGUGUCUUGUACCCUCAUCACUGAUUGCCAUUGCCACCAACUGCUGCCAAAGAACAAGUUGGCUGAAAGAGAAGCAGCAGCUCAGUAGAGGGCAUGAGAGGCAGUGAGCAGGGAGGGCAGCAUGUUACUGGUUGGUGCAGCCAGCCGCCCCGUGGGAUGGAGGAGGCCGAGUUGCAGGAGAAGGAAUUCUUCUCAUGGGAGGAGUUCAGCACCUUCUUUGACGCCUGGUGCGAGCACCGGAAGGUGCUGUUCUUUGUCAAGAACUCUGUGCCGCUCAGCAAGUGCAAAUGGGCAACAGCCCCUCCACAGCCCGGCGUAGUGGAGGCCCUGAAGUACAGCUCUGUGCGCCUGGUCUGCAAGGAUGUCCGGGGCUCCAGCAAGCCUACCCAGGGGGGUCAGCAGAAGGGCUGUAGCGCCAGCAUCGUUCUCAAGAUGAGCCCCAGUAAGGACCGUCUGAUUGUCACUGAGUGCCAGCUGGCCCACAACCACACGCUCUGUCCUAUAGAGUUUGCCUACUACUUCAAAAAGGGCUACUUGAUGGCCAACUCCUGCCUGCCAGUGCGCACCACCAACAAGAUCUCCAAGCAGUUUGUAGGCGCUCAGGAUGUGCGACGCCUGCUCUCCUACUGCAAGAGCCGUGACCAUGGUGUGCUGGAUGUCCUCCAUGGCCUAGACAGUCUUUUUGCCAGUGACCCUGGAGCCAAGGUAAAGCUGGUCUUCAUGGAGGACAAGGUCAUUGUCAAGACCAUCUUCUUCCUGACCUCACGCAUGAUGGUGUUGGCCCAGCGCUUUCCACUCAUGCUCUUCUUUGACCGCAUGGUUGGGCUUAAUGAGGAGUUCGACCUCUACACAGUGCUGUGUGUGGAUGGGACUGGUCGGGGACAUGAGUGCACUUACUGCCUGACACGGAAGGAGACGCCUGACCUGCUGCGCUUCACGCUGGCCUCUCUCGUGCAGAGCGUGCCUGAGGUCAAGUUCAAGGUACGCUGUGUCACCCUGGGCAUAGAAAUCACCAACCUGGAAGCAGUGAAGGAGCUGCUACCUAAUGCCCGUGUCCAGAUCUGCCGCUCCCAGGUGCUGGAGACCCUGUUCAACAAGGCCCAGGAGUUGGGUGUGGCAGAGGAUGAACGCAUCUGGCCCCUGCUCUGCCAGCUGGCUUCCUCCAAGUCGCCAGCUGCCUACAAUCAGGCAGUGCAGGAAAUGAAGGCCAUCUUCCCCCAUGGGUUCGUCCGCUACUUCUGCCGUCACUGGCAGCCGCGUAGUGAGAUGUGGGUGCAGUUCUGGGCCUUUGAGACUGCCUGCAACGUCAAUGCUUGUGAACUGCUCAAGGAGCACCAGCACCGGCUGCUCUCGGCCCUCAGCCCCCCUCUGACUGUGGCACAGUGCAUCCUGGACCUUACGGCCAUGCAGGCUAGUGGCACAGCCACAGCCGAAGACCAAGAGCUGGACGAGGAGGAGUUGGCUGCUCGCUACCGCUCUGUGUGCAAGCCUGAGCCCGCCGGCCUGAUCGAGGAGGAGCUGGGGUUUGCCCGGCACAGCCUAUACAGCUGCCAGGAGACGGCUGAGGGCUACCGGCUCAACGACGGCCCGUCUGAGUUCUGCAUGGAUCAGGCACUGACCCACUGCAGCUGCUCCAUCCACACCUCCCCCCUGCUGCCCUGCCGCCACAUCUUUGCCAUGCGCCUCCGCACUGGGGCGCCCCUCUUUGACCCUGCCCUGCUCCCUAAGGACCCUGUGGCCCCACUUCCCACGUGCUAGGCCCCCCUGGGCCCGGGGCAGCCACUGCUGAAGGAG